GCGCCAAGCAUUUCAAGUUUCACUUUGACUCUGAUUAUACGAAGUUCUCUAGUUUGCAUAUUCCGACUAAGCCAAUUCCCCUUUCUAUUGGCCCUGGUAAUCAUAAAGGGUUCCACUGCACUUACGGAUAUGUCUCAGAAAUUGCUCAUUGAUGCGUUGAAUUGACGGACACACACAGAGAAGGUUCUACUUCAGGACGCCUCUAUUAUCAUGAGCAACGAGGAUGCCAUGUUGUUCUCAUGCCUCGCCCGCUACGCUGAAGGAUUCACUCCUUGCCUGUAAAAGCAGAGGUUUACUCGAGGCAAGUCUCACAGAGUGCCCUCAAAUCAUACCCUCGUCAUGUCGUUGCAACAAUCUGCACCAAAAUCUCAAUAUAUCCUCCUUCUCUUAGGCGAGGAAACGAAGUCCAUCGACAAGCACCUCUUCGACUUCGAGGACAGCGUUGCGAAGUUGGAGCUUCCAUUGCCUGUUGAUCUAGAUUUGUGCCGUGUGUUUUCAGAGCUAGUCUGGAAGUCGAAGGAUGUUGCUGGUGAUAUUCGGGUUUCAAUGAAUGAUUUCCGAUACGUCAUGCUGAGAGAGAUUCAAAGUCGAAGUACUCGAACGCAGGAGAAGGUUGAUAAACUGACGAAAUGGCUGGAGCCAAUUCGGGCUCAGAUUCAGGUAUCCAUUGCGAUUUCGAUACAGUUCAGGCGGUUUGCGGGUGAUAUCAAAGUCUAUGCUGAAAGUCUACGCACAUCUGAAGAGACUGAGGCUAAGGCAAUCCGGCGAAGUGUCGACCUCGCCAAUCGACGGAUUGAGGAGUGCGACGCCAAAAUAGAGGACCAAUCCACCAUUGGUUGUUCCGGAAUGUUUCUUCAAUUCGGCCACCCCUUCAGCAUGCGAUAUCACCAUAGAUCUCAUUCCCAGAAAUCAUGUCAAUGUAACUCAAAGACGUCAAGUUGUACAUCUUUGGCCUCUUCGCAACACCAUGAUCCCGAACAUCAUCCGCAAUCGAAUGAGUCGGAAAUGAUGCGACCCCAGUCUAAUCUUCGACAGCUACGCAGGAUUCGUGAGCAACUCCAGGUUGAGAAACACGAUGUUCUUGCGCGACAACAUCGUUUCCAUACAAGAACAAUUCAUAAUAUGAGACCAUCGGAUUUCCUGUUUACGGUCGUUUCGAGCAUUGAGGUCCUCGCUGAGCAUAUGGUCGUGCUUCAGAAUACAUAUAACGAGCUGUCUUCGGAUGUAAAGGAACUUAGGAAUGCUUUGUGGCAUCGGAGGUCAAUAGAUACGUUGGUGAAUUCAUUCGGACCUACUCUUGACGUUUACUCCAAAAUGUUUGAGAAGUAUCAAGCAUCAACAUGAAACUCUACUCCGAAGAUAACUUAUCCAUUUUGGAGGAGAUGGCGCCCUUCGCUCUGUUUUCUAUUUAACUCGUUCCCAUUAUUGCAUACCUUCGAUCGACACUCUUCACAUCCCAAGUCUACGCCAUCGAUUUGCUGAUCCUCCCGCGUGCACUGAGCGUAAUCCUCGUGUUUUCUAUAUUCACUGAAAUAACUUUGGCUAGGAACU